AUGUCGACGUCUCUUAGAGCUAGACCGGUGACAGCUGCAUCCUCCGAUGAUGAGGCGGAGGUGGAGGUUGUGGACAGCCCUAAACCACCGCCACCACCACCCACUAUGUCACAAUGGGCUAUAUCACAAACCCUAGCUAGUACAGCGCAACUAGCAAAUCUCCUACCCACCGGCACCCUCUUAGCCCUCCAAACCGUGGCACCCAUCUUCACCAACCACGGUUCCUGCGACACCGUCACGCGUCCACUCACCGCCAUCCUCAUCGGUUUCCUCACCGUCGCUUGCUUUCUGGCGAGCUUCACCGACAGCUUCAAGUCAUCCGACGGCCGGAUCUUCUACGGGUUUGCAACGUCGAAAGGCAUGUGGGUGUUCGAUUCCCAGGCGGCAGAAGCUUCUGCGUCCGGUUUGCCGGACCUGAGAAAGUACAGGUUGACGGCGGUUGAUUGGAUUCAUGCUUUUGUGUCGGCAUUUGUGUUGGUGACGGUGGCCAUGAGAGAUCGGAGCGUGGUGAGCUGCUUUUAUCCACGGCCAAGCCAUGAAGCUGAAGAGGUUCUGAAUAUUGUUCCAUUGGGACUUAGUCUUGUUUGCAGUUUGGUGUUUGUGAUCUUCCCUUCCAAAAGACAUGGAAUUGGAUACCCUGUCAGCCAUUGA